AUAUUUCAACCGGUACUUCCGGUAAAACUCGAGUGUCAUGGAAGCUCAAAAAAUAUUUUGUUUACGUAGUAGAUUGUUAUUAAUAUUCGUUAACACUAAUCACAUCCGACAAGAUUGUUAAAGUAUGGACCUAUUUGGUGAUUUGCCGGAUCCAUUGGAAUCAACAAGUACUGGUAGUUCUACUAUAUCAGUGGAAUCUAAAAAUGGAAAGAAAAGAACAAGUCUUGAUGAAGCGCUUGUGGAAGAGAAGAAGAUUAAGUUUGAUGAAAAAAGGAUAGACGAAACAAAAACCUAUAAAAAAUAUAAAUAUAAGCUAAAAGGUUGUGUAUCUGCUCAGAAAGGUGAAAGAGAAGAAAUGCAGGAUGCUCAUAUUCUAUUAAACGACUAUACUAACCAUAUACCCCAUCUACACCCAUCAAUUUCAAGACUGGCUUUAUAUUGUGUAUUUGAUGGUCAUGGUGGUUCGAGAGCAUCAAGGUUCGCUUCCAGCCAAUUGCACAUAGUUCUGAGGGAUACCUUUCCCAAGGGUGAUGUUACCAAUGUAGAGAAAGAAAUUAGAAAAACUUUUAUUGAAACUUUUAAAAGUCUGGACGAAGAUUUCCUGCACAAAGCAUCAAAAAAUAAACCAUCAUGGAAGGACGGAACCACAGCCGUGUCAGUGUUAGUUAUUAAUGAUACUAUGUAUAUAGCCAACCUUGGUGAUAGUAAGGCUAUAUUAUGUAGAUAUAAUAAAACCAGUGGUAAAUAUACAGCAUUGCCACUAACAACGGAUCAUAGCCCCAGUGUGUAUGAAGAAAGAAAACGAAUACAAAAGGCCGGUGGAACUGUUAGGGAAGGGCGUGUGAUGGGUGUAUUAGAAGUAUCACGAUCAUUAGGGGAUGGUCCGUAUAAAAAUCAUGGAGUUUCUUGUUUACCAGAUAUAAAAAGAUGUCAGCUGACAGAUGAUGACAGAUAUUUAAUGGUGGCCUGUGAUGGUUUAUGGAAAAGUUUUACAAUGGAAGAAAGUAUCAAGUUUGUCAAUAAUAUAUUAGAUACUGGUGAAGAAUGUAAUUCAGCUAUCCAGUUUGAGACUGCCUGUACUAAAUUAACCAGUGAAGCCGUGUUACGAUUAAGUGGUGAUAAUGUUACCGUUAUUUUAACGUCAAUUAAAUCCUGAUUCUAUUGACCAUUGUUACAUAGGCCAUACAAAAAAUAUAUAUUCUGGUUGUCAGGCAAUCUGGGAGCAAUGCCGAAUUUACCUGGGAACAAUGUCGAAUUUACCUGGGAGUAGUGCCAAAUUUACCUGUAGGCUUGUUAGGCUGAAGCCAAGGGUCUCAUGAUCUGUCAAGAGAGAGAGACGGGGUUUAAUGUCCACUCGACACAAACUACGUCAUUUCAGUACUAACAUAUGGUUCAAUUUAUUUCAAUAAUUCGCUUGCGUGAAGGGAUCUGUUGAAGCAGUGGAAGGAAACUGGAAGACCCAGAGAAAAUCAUGAUGUUGGACAGGAGACCCUACUGGUUGUCACGUACAACCGGGGAAUCGAAACCACGCCAGUUGACUGAAUGACAUACAUUAAUGAUGCAGGCGCACGUACUAACCAUUUGGCCAUCCCCCCCCCCCCCCAUCCCGCUCAUGAUCUGUAAAAAUCCUCGGCUUAACUCAAUUGUGUUCAAAAUACACUUUCAUUGUCUUCUUCUAAUUGUGAAGAUAAGGAUAUUGGGAGGCUCUGUAUACAGCCUUUCCUCAUGAUCUGUCAUUGAGUCAAGUGGCAUGGUUUCGAUUCCCGGCUUGUAUGUGACAAGGAGUAUGGUCACCUGUCCUCCGGUUUCCUCUCACUGCUAAAGACCCCUAUGUGCAAAUGAAUUAUUGAAGUAAAAUUUAACCAUGUUAGUCCGGAAGUAACCUAGUUUAUGUCGAGAGUGGACGUUUCUCUCUCUCUCCAUUCUAAGUGACACAUCAGUAUCUGAAAACCAUUGUUUUAUAUUAAAUGGCCUUAUUGUACGACUUUCUAUUUAACAUGUCAACUAUACAAUAAAAUAAAUAUCAACAAUAACAUAACUUGUAU